AUUUCAAUAUUCAAUCAGGGAGGAGAGAGAGAGAGAGAGAGAGAGGAGUUUUGCAGUCGAAGAACCGGUUGCUCUCUCAACUUUGCUUGCUUAAUAAACAAUAGCCAGAGGGAAGUUAGGCCAACGGUUAGCUUCCCUCCAAACCCUCUGAUUCCCUUGAACUCGAAGCAAAGCUUUUGCGGGUGAAGUCUUGGUCACCAUCUGAGACACCCAACUUCACCUUCCUGACAUAUGCUUUACACCCAUCUUGCUCUGCUCCUUCUAUAUACAGUUGAAAAUCCCUUUGAUCAUGUUCAUAUUGAGGUCUAUACGUAAGUACCCAUUACAGCUUCUGAAAUCUAGUGCCAGGAGUGGUGCUUCUGGUGUGCUUUUGGGUCUAGAAUCUUAGGUUCUUAAAAAGUUACAAGCUUUUGUGGUGUUCGGAGACCUAGAAGAGUUCAUUAGUCUGAGGGGCUUAAUUAAAGAAACCCAUCCAUGGUUGGUGCUUGAUUUUCAUUAUAUCAAGCCGUGGGCUUUCUGGGGUUUGGAAUUCACUAGAGUUGGCUUCUGGAUUGGGGGUUUUGGCAUUCUGCUGCUGACAAGCUCACCCCAGAGCUUUAUGUGCGCAGAGAUGAAAUCUUAUGAAUUGCGUGACACUACGAAUUAGCCAAAAGUCAUUUUUUUCGUGAUUCAACAAUAUCAUUUUUGUGAUUUUUAAGUUUCCUCUAUAUAUUUCAAUUAUUUGCGAUGAUACAGUGGGUAGAGGAUCAACGGUAGUUUAUUGUUUGGAAGAGUUUUGAGCUUGAUUUUUAGUCCAACAAAAAUCAUUCAAAAUGAAUACCCGGCACUUCUUUCCACCGUACUCCUUGUGCAAUUCAAGAAGUGAGAUUUCAUUUUCAUCAAAUCUUCCAGCAGGAGAAGAUCAUAUGGCUGUGGGCAACCGACACAGGCCUACUCGUGCUCUAUCUUCUUCGUCUUUGGUAAGGAUGGCGAUGAGGAUCUCUAGAGCAAGGUGGUUCUCUUUCUUAAGAAGAGUAUUCCACUACCAGAAUGGAUCAAGAUCUGAUCUUGGCUCUAAUCCUUUCAAUUCAAGCACUUGGAUGCUGAUGGAGUUUAUAGCUUUGGUGGUUCAAAUAAGCAUCACGACAUUUACUAUAACCAUUUCCAAGAAGGAAAAGCCUGUUUGGCCAAUGAGAAUAUGGAUUGUUGGUUAUAAUAUUGGCUGUGUUCUUAGUCUACUGCUACUCUAUGGCCGCUACCGGCAUCAUCUCACUCAUGGAGAUGGUUUCGUCCUUUCUGAUGUGGAACAGCAGAGGGACAACGAAGAAUCCAGGAUCUCACAUCUAAUGAACAAAUGCCGAACUUCACUAGAAUUAUUCUUUGCAAUAUGGUUUGUGAUGGGUAACGUUUGGGUAUUCGACUCUCGAUUUGGAUCCUUUCAUCGAGCCCCAAAACUUCACGUGCUCUGCAUCUCCCUGCUGGCUUGGAAUGCAAUAUGCUACUCAUUUCCAUUCCUGCUAUUUUUGCUGCUAUGUUGUUGCGUGCCACUGAUUAGCAGCCUCGUCGGAUAUAACAUGAACACGGGGUCAACUGAUAAAGGAGCAUCAGACGAUCAAAUUUCCCAGCUUCCCAGUUGGAGGUACAAAGAAGUCGACACCAAGUUAGUGCCUUGCACUGGUACUCACUGUAAUCCCGACCUUGCAAAUGAAGAUCUAGAAUGCUGCAUUUGCCUAGCCAAGUACAGGGACAAGGAAGAAUUGAGGCAGUUGCCAUGUUCCCAUGUGUUCCACCUCAAGUGUGUAGAUCAAUGGCUUCAAAUUAUAUCUUGUUGUCCUCUUUGUAAACAAGAACUAGAGAGGUAGAAAGCAACAUCAUCACCCACAAGCAGAGUUCGAUCUUUCAUUUUCUAUUUUUACUACACACAUAUACAUAUACACACAGAUAUAUAUAUAUAUAUAUAUUUCAUUUUUCUUUUUCUCACUGUAGUGUGAAAUAAAUGGAUUAUCGUGGUUACUUGAGUGAGUAUUGCUUGUACAGUGGAGGUCACCAGUAACCAUUGAAAAACAAAAAAAAUCUACCGUCUUUGAGUAUACAUAUAAAGUGGCGGAUAUCAAUGUUGUAGUCUUCUCACUUUCUGAGUAUAGCAGUGUAUCUUACAAAAUGUAUCAUGUAUGUAACUUUUUAAAAUUUCAUCAAAGAUACCGAUAUCCUUUUUAUACUAUCACCA